UUGCUCGGCACUCCAUGCUACACUUUCUCUGUUCAGUAUUUACAUCUGUUCCGAGAUGAUAUCAUUAAAAACAACUUAUGUGCAAUCCUACAACAUACAGCAGUUGUGUUGCGCAUUAUUAUCACUUAUACUUGCCUUAUUACAAAGCAUUCUGCAAAAGAAAUGGAACAGCAUUGUCGUGACAACAAUAACGAUUAUGAACAUAUGUCAGUUAAUACAAGAGCUAGCACAUGCAUGGAAUGCAUAUUAUGUGAUGAUAUUGAUAACUUUGCUUAUCCACACCAUUCGGCUGGUAUUAUGUGCAUUGGUCAUAUAUGCUCUUUGUCAAAUGACCAUGAAUCGUUGUGUUAUCUAUGUUUAUCAACAUUCUUAUCAAUUGCCUACAUAAUCAUUGAUAUCGCUUAUUUCUAUAUCCAAUCUGCUCGUCGUGUAUUGACGGCUAGUACUGGUAUAUCACUAUUUUAUACAUUUUUUAUAGCACUCUCUUUUUAUAUCUACCGAAAACGUCAUAUCGCUGUUGCACUCAUGAAAUUCGGUUGGAAAAUAAGUGAUCCGGCAGUGAAUUUUGGUGUUUUGGAUUGGAUUAGUGUGUUAUCAACAUGCGUUCUUCAGAAGUGGGUUUGUAUGUAUGAACGUUAUCAAAGCUGCCUCAUUAUACUUGUCUUACAGCUGGUUGUUGAAUCCCUGACCACACUGUCAUUUUUAUCUGCUCAAACAAGCUAUAUUCAAUUAGUGUUAUCGUUGACUCGUUCACCAACAGAUAUCGAUAAACUGAAAAGAUUGCUUCCAAUUGACCAUCUCGUUGUUGUUCUCAUUGAUCAUGGACUUCAAAUAUUCCAGUGGCUUAUAGCGCUUUGUUCGUUGGGAUUUUCGCUAAUUAUCGCAGAUGAAAUGAUUACUGAACCGCAAUCGUCAACACGUAACUCACACGACGAUGCGAUAGAAAUAUCUCAUCCGGAGGCACACAGUAUACCUAGAUUAGAAAACGUGCUGUUUGAGAAUGAUUGUGUGCAAAUUUGGGGAUUGGAACAUGAUAACGCAUCAUAA